GCAAACGAUGGUAAAGUCCUCUCCCCCCUGUCUUUACAAGUAUGACGCAACGAGGCUCGGUCACCCAAGCCAAAAUAUUUCGCAAACAUGGCCGAAUUAACAUUCGAAAGUUCUUGUGGUUUGAUUCAGCCUGAUGAUGCUGUAAAAGAAAGGUAAUCCCUUAAACUAUAUAAAUCCUUUAAUUGCUUAUCUCUCUGAUGUGACAUUUGAACUUUGAAGCAUUAAUCUUUGUUUGGUUUUGUCUGAUUUGUAAAUCACUGUCACCGGUCAUUGAUAUCUGUUGUUUUGUAUAAAGGAGAAUCAUAUGAAGUUAUUAUAACCCUGCCACGUUUAAUAGCGUCGGGACAAAACGAUCUAGUUUAUAUCUUGUUAGAUUAUGACUUACUGUUUUAAAAAAAUUCACAAAUAUAAACAUAUAUAGUACAAUUAAUUGAAUUAAACUGUACAAGACUACAAGUACUGUACUCUUUGACUUGCAAGACAACCCCAUACAUAUUAUUCUUUGAAAACUACUUGAGUGAAAAGUUUGGAAAUUGCGCACUUGAUAUUAAAAAAAAUUAAUAGUAAAUAUAUAGAAACCAUGAAAAUUCCACGUCCGAUAUCUCGGUUGCACGAUACAAACUUUCCAAGCUGGCUUGGCUAGUUGUUACAAAUAUUCCAUAUUAUUGUUACAGUAAUAGAUACUAUUGUUUGCGACUUCACAUGUGUGACCGGAAACACCAAUACUUCUUUGACCUGGGACUGGGAGCCAUAAAUCAACUGUAGACAAAAGGCUAUUCGCUUAUGACCUGUGGGAAUGAGGCUCCCAGGCCAAGGAGGGAUUUGUGACUUAUUAUUGUCAAAAGAGUGUAUUGCACACCCAAAUUUUUGAAAAUCUUAUGGUAAAUAAAUAGAGGACAUCAAAAUGGCGCACUAAAGCUAUCAGUUGCGGACACAAACUUUCCAAGUGUUAAUCGCAUCUUAGGAUAAACAAUUGUGGAAAAAACAUUUUGUAUAUGUGGAUUUUUGAGCGGAAGAUUAUAUCCAAUUUUAGGCCUAACCAGAAGCACCUGCGAAAAAAAUGCAACUAUAGGCUGUCUGGCAGGAAUUGAACCUGCAGCCCUGUGAUUCUGGUACAGCGCUCUAACCAACAGAGCUAUACAUAGUCCAGUUGUCGAGUUCUAACCUUCUUUCCAUAUACAAAAGCCUUCAACUGUUCUAUAUAGCAAGAUGCCCACAUGACUUCUAUGUUUUUAAUAAGCAUUUGAAGGUUUCAAUUUGCUCAGCUGGUGCUAGUUGAACAUGAUUGGCUGAUUAGAUUAAAACCUGUUAAAAAAGCUUUGGGUAAACAUGAAAAUUUCACAUCAAUUGCUAUUUAUGUUAAUUAUUGUUAUUUUAGGUUUUCGCUGUUAUUGUUAGAGCCUGGUGAAAUAUAUUUUGAAGAUUUUAGUGUUUUUUAUUAUCCUGCUGGACUAACAGAAGAUGAAGCUCUUAAAAGGUAGGUUUAUGAUUUGAUUUGACCCUUGAAAGUGAAAUGGUAAAUAUAUAACGUCUGGGAUUAUUAUAUAGACUUGAUACAGUAUCUGAUCCUUUGAGUAGGUAAAUUAAAUUAUUUCAGUUAGGCCAAAUAAAAAAAUAUGUGGGUUUCCGGUUUCCCAACCCUACCUAGCUUUUGGACGUCGAAAUCCCGACCCUAAACUUUUUUAUUGGACCACGCUUGUAAGUGUUUCCACUUAGAGCAAAACGUUUGUGGAAAAUGAAAAUUUGAGGCAAUAUUACGGAAAUUUAUUUUUGGAUGUGGAAGCACUGACUAAACAAAAUGGCGUCCGGUUGUUAGUAGUGAUGGGCGAUAGCAGGAUUUUUAAUUCGAUACCGAUACUUUUAAGAUUGGUAUCGGCCGAUACCGAUACCUAUUUCGAUACCAAAAUGAACACAAAAUUUCAAUUUUCGAUACCGGAAAUGAGUACUUAAAUUGCUAGUAUCGGCUACUUUCGAUACCUGCCGGUCAGUGGAAAAACAUUUUAUAUCACUGUAUGUAACCUAAAUAAAGCUAUAUGUAAACCAAAAGCCUGAAACGUAAUAAAUAUUUUCUAUACAUGACUUGGCGCACCACAUUUGGAAUAUUAAGACUUAUUUUAGUGGUUCAUUAAGUCUAAUUCAACCUAACCUGCGAUCAGGGGACCAAGAAGUGAAAUUAAACAAGUCGUUUAAAAAAGGGUGCAAGUAUCGAACGAUACCAUGUCAGUAAUCGAUACCGAUACCGCUGUUUGUGGUAUCGCUGGUAUCGAAUACCGAGUACUCGGUAUCGCCCAUCACUAGUUGUUAGGAAAAUUAAAAACAAAGUUUAAAAAAAAAGUUAAAACCGACCUACCCUACCUAAGUUUUUACAAGAGGAAACCGGAAACCCACAUAUUUUUUUUUUUGGCCUUAGUCAGGUACCUAUGUAUAAUGAAAUUUCAAGUAAAAUGUUCCUUUUCUCAAUAGAAAACAAAGAGGUCGCUUAAAGUUGUGUUCUCAUUCGGUCUUAUUUGAUCCCUUGGACACAGCGUUCCCUAUUUUAAAGGUGCGUAGUUUUUGUCAUUGUUAAAAUUAAUGACAACGAACUGCACAAGAAUGUGGCACAAAUUUUUAGGGGUGCACCGGAACUCGGUUCCGGCCGGUUAGUUCCGGCCGGAACCUCGAUUUUUUAUAGUUCCGGCUGGAACUAGUAAAAAAAGCAUAGCCGGAACCGGAACUCUGUCGUUUUCAGGGAGAUAGAAUAUCAAACGUUUUUGUGUCUAACAAAAGGUCACAGUAGGAAGAAAGUUGGACUACGCAAGGGAAAUGUACACUAUUAACACUUCAUUAUGACGUUUAACGUUUGUCAGUCUUUUAUUCUGACAUUUGCGAACUCUCUACUUGAUGAUUUGAAGUGUCUGCUUGUCUGGCAGCGGACAAAGUAACAUAUGACUAUAUAUGGUUUAAUAAAUUAGUUCCGGUUCCGGCCGGAACUUUUUUCCAGUUCCGGUCGGAUCCGGUUCCGGCCGGAACUUAAAAAACCGGUUCCGGUGCAUCCCUACAGAUUUUCCCAAAUUUAAAUCAUUUAUAAUGAUUGCAUUUAUAAUAAUGCAUUAUGUUUACUCUUUAUAUCAUUCAUUGAAAUAAAAACAUUUCAUUUCAGUUUCCUUUCAAAGAUAUAAAGUCAAUGAAUCAGUGGACAGGAUCACUUUUGUCCAGGUAAUAUUUGAAUUAUUAUUGUUCCUCUUUCUUGUUGGCUUUCAUUCAGGUAGAAAGGUGAAGAGCAUUCUAUCCAUUAAUGCCCAAGUGUCCGUCAUCUCUAAAUAAUAAUGAAACAUCAGUUUUUAAAUAUUUUGGACAUAUGAUAUAUCCAUUGGGAUACUAAAAAAAGGUCUCUCCUUGUCAAAGGUCAGAGGACCAGAAGUUUCAACACAGGCUUUGAUCACUAAAACACCACUUGUAAACAAUAACAGCCCAUAAAUAUGUUUAAUUGUUAUGCCUAAUUGUUUCAAUGUUUGGAGACUGGCAUAUACUGUACUGUUUACUAGAAUAUCUAUAUAUACCUAAGGGUGCAUGGGAUAUACUAGAUUGUCUGGGCGGAUACCACAUUUUAAAUGGCUGUUUCAAAUUCCAAGCUCUAUGUAUUACAACUUAAUGAUGGGAAACUCAUUAUUGUCCAAGAUCUUCAUUUGAGUAGUAAAAUUGUUUGACUGACAGUUUGAAUCACAUUUUUAUUAGAAUUGACUCCAAAGGCAAUGUUCUUGCUGUUGAAACAAGUUUGGUUGUGAAAAUGAAGGAAGGCAGUAUCAUUGCACCUUAUGUUUUUAUCCGGGUAUGUGUAAAUAUGGUAUAGUUCCAUAUACCAAGGACAGUACUCCACUUUAAAAUUGAGGUGGGGUGGGCGAGGGCAGGGAUAUUCAUUCCAAUUGUUGUUCCAAUUUUUGUUUCUACUUUUAAUAUUCCAUAUUCCUGCCCCAAUAUUCCAUAUUCCUGCCCCAAUAUUCAUAUUCCUAACAUCAAUAUUCAUAUUCACACUACUUUAAAACCCAGUAUAUUGACUGUUAAAUAUUCAUCUUCCACGCUUAAGAAGUGGUCCCUAGGAGCUUCACAGUCUUAAGGCUAUGGAGUGUCAUGAAAGACAAAAUUCACUUUUGAUAUAUGAUGCGAUUAUUCUAUAUCUUGAAGUUUAUCUUUAGCAUGCCUAUAUAUUUAGUAUUUUUGCAGGUAGCCAAAAAAAAUUUGCAGUUAGCUAUGUGUGGUACAAACUUGCCCGCUUCGCUUGAAGCUUGCAAAUUGCGACAGGGGACCAGGUACCGAAGAAUUUUUUGAGUUAUGUUUCGUAUUGCCGGUCAAAAUUGAGUGUCCGCUAAUUUGCUCAAACCCAAUUGCUCGAAAAUUAUCAUAUAUCCGGUCGACAAGAUUGUCGGCUGAUAAAUGAAAUUCGAUCACAGAACAAGAAAUUUUAAGUUUUUGAUGGCAUCAUUUGAUGAAUUUACGUAUUGAGUGCGACUCUUAUUAAUCUGGUCAGUAAAUAUUGCAAAAUGUAUUCGGAAAAAUUGAAAUUUUCUACUUUACUUUAAGUAUGCAUUAAGACCUUCUGAGCAAGGAUUACAGUUAGCUUCAGGCACUUGCAGGUAGCGCUGCUACCUAAGAUCCCCAGGCCUUAAAAUAUCGGUCGGUCACGGACAUUGUCCGACCCAUUCGUGAAAUUGUCCGACGUAGAGAGGAAACCACUGGACAUUCUGUCCGACCUAAGUGAAACUGACGUUUAUUGUUUGUCCGACCUAAGCGUAUUGGUGUCCGACCGAACUGUAGCUUUGUCCAACGUAAAUCAAAAUGCACCCCAGGACUAGAGGCUUGUAUGUUAAAUGGAAAAUCAGAGUACUAUUGUAUAGAAGGUGAACUGCUGGAGAUAUUGUUUUAACGUAGUCGAGAGCGGGGUGGCGAGCGAAAUGGUGAAGUGGAAAACGGGCUUAAGUUGUUGAAGUCUUUUUUUAAUAGAGGGUCCUGAAGGGGGGGUCCCAAUCCCAUUUCCCACCUGAAAUUUUGGCAAAAUCCCAGUCCCAGUUGGAUUUUUAUUAGAAAUCCCAGUCCCAGUUAUUGAAAUCCCAGUCAAUAAAAAACCCUUUAUUUAUCGGUAGAAUAAACAGUUUUAAGACAUUUUAAGCAAGUGGCGGAUACUUUAUGAAAUAUUAGAGGGGGGCUUGUGCCGAAGUCACGGAAAAUUUUAAAAUUUGAAUCCCGGAAAUGGCAUUUGCAGCAUUCUGAGACACACAUUAAUCAGAAAACCCAGAAUUCCGGGCGCCAGAGUAUGCCUGUUCGCAGGUAGUGCUGUGAAUAAUAUAGUUAACGGAUCAAAAUUGUAUUUUAAAAUACUCAAAACGCAGAAAAAUUGGGAAUCGACUCGCAUUACCUCAAUCCCAUUCCCAUUUUUGAGAACUUCAUUUCCCAUUCCCAAUGAGCAAAUCCCAGUCCCAGCAACCCAAAUCCCAUUUUUCCAGUCUAAAUAUAGGUCAAUCCCAGUUCCCAUUUUACCCCUUCAGGGCCCUCUUAAUACUGCUGUUCUGGCAAGCAAGUUAAUUUUGGCUUGGAAAUAAGUAUGAAAAAAACAAAUUAAUAUUUAAUAUCUUCACAACAUUGACCGUUCAGAAUUAAUACAUUGUGCUGAUAUUCAUUUGUGUCAUUCAGACUUAUUUCCAAGUCAAAACUGAACCGGCUGAAGGUCAUCGGACAUAUGUCCGACCCAAACUCGACGUCAUCGGACAUUUUGUCAGACGGCCCUGGAAAAGAUAUUUUAAGGCCUGGGAUCCCAACAUCUGACAGGCAUGAUCUUUAAUUCUGAUGUGUUUAGCUCUUUUGUUGUCUUCGGAUUUAUGUAGUUAGUUUUCCUUUUAUGAUGUUAGUUUUGGCAUUGUGAUGUUAGUUUUCCUUUUAUGAUGGUAGUUUUGGCAUUAUGAUGUUAGUUUUCCUUUUAUGAUGUUAGUUUUCCUUUUAUGAUGUUAGUUUUGGCAUUGUGAUGUUAGUUUUCCUUUUAUGAUGGUAGUUUUGGCAUUAUGAUGUUAGUUUUCCUUUUAUGAUGUUAGUUUUGGCAUUGUGAUGUUAGUUUUCCUUUUAUGAUGGUAGUUGUGGCAUUAUGAUGUUAGUUUUCCUUUUAUGAUGUUAGUUUUGGCAUUGUGAUGUUAGUUUUCCUUUUAUGAUGUUAGUUUUGGCAUUAUGAUGUUAGUUUUCCUUUUAUGAUGGUAGUUGUGGCAUUGUGAUGUUAGUUUUCCUUUUAUGAUGGUAAUUUUGACAUUAUGAUGUUAGUUUUCCUUUUAUGAUGGUAGUUUUGGCAUUGCGAUGUUAGUUUUCCUUUUAUGAUGUUAGUUUUGGCAUUAUGAUGUUAGUUUUCCUUUUAUGAUGUUCGUUUUCCUUUUUUGAUGUUAGUUUUGGCAUUGUGAUGUUAGUUUUCCUUUUAUGAUGUUAGUUUUGGCAUUAUGAUUUAUGAUGUUAGUUUUCCUUUUAUGAUGUUAGUUUUGGCAUUGUGAUGUUAGUUUUCCUUUUAUGAUGGUAGUUUUGGCAUUAUGAUGUUAGGCCAGGUUUAGACGGCGAACUUUUCAUGCGCCGAAUCUAAUGCAAGGAUUAAGUGCGACGCUGGAGCGGCGUCUAAAUCAAUUAAGUUCGGCAGGUUUUGAUUAAGUUCGACACGACUCGAAGAUGCGACAAGACAAGUCGUAUAUGCGACACAGGUUCGACAUUGAUUUAGACACCGUGCUUUUCAUGCGCCGAACCUAAUGCAUAAUUACUUUUAAACAUCAUAUGAUAUGAUUAUCAUAUAUUAGCAUUGUAAAUAUAUCCAAUAUAGUGUCCUCGCAAUUUGGUACGGCACAAUUAAGUUCGACGUCUAAAUCAGUUUCCGAUAUUUUGCCGUAUCUACGACAAUUAGGUUCGGCGCAUGAAACGUUCGCCAUCUAAACCGGGCCUUAGUUUUCCUUUUAUGAUGUUAACUAGUUUUGGCAUAAUAUGUUAGUUUUCCUUUUAUGAUGUUAGUUUCGCCUUUUGGCAUUGUUGUGAUGUUAGUUUUGGCAUUAUGAUGUUAGUUUAGGCAUUAUGAUGCUAGUUUUGGCAUUAUGAUGUUAGUUUUGGCAUUAUGAUGUUAGUUGGCAUUAUGAUGUUAGUUGGCAUUAUGAUGUUAGUUGGCAUUAUGAUGUUAGUUGGCAUUAUGAUGUUAGUUCGCAUUAUGAUGUUAGUUGGCAUUAUGAUGUUAGUUGACAUUAUGAUGUUAGUUGACAUUAUGAUGUUAGUUUAGGCAUUAUGAUGUUAGUUGGCAUUAUGAUGUUAGUUGGCAUUAUGAUGUUAGUUGACAUUAUGAUGUUAGUUGGCAUUAUGAUGUUAGUUGGCAUUAUGAUGUUAGUUUUGGCAUUAUGAUGUUAGUUGGCAUUAUGAUGUUAGUUGGCAUUAUGAUGUUAGUUGGCAUUAUGAUGUUGUUAGUUGGCAUUAUGAUGUUAGUUUUGGCAUUAUGAUGUUAGUUGGCAUUAUGAUGUUAGUUGGCAUUAUGAUGUUAGUUUUGGCAUUAUGAUGUUAGUUGACAUUAUGAUGUUAGUUGACAUUAUGAUGUUAGUUGGCAUUAUGAUGUUAGUUGGCAUUAUGAUGUUAGUUGGCAUUAUGAUGUUAGUUGGCAUUAUGAUGUUAGUUGGCAUUAUGAUGUUAGUUGGCAUUAUGAUGUUAGUUGGCAUUAUGAUGUUAGUUGGCAUUAUGAUGUUAGUUGGCAUUAUGAUGUUAGUUGGCAUUAUGAUGUUAGUUGGCAUUAUGAUGUUAGUUGGCAUUAUGAUGUUAGUUGGCAUUAUGAUGUUAGUUGGCAUUAUGAUGUUAGUUGGCAUUAUGAUGUUAGUUGGCAUUAUGAUGUUAGUUGGCAUUAUGAUGUUAGUUGGCAUUAUGAUGUUAGUUGGCAUUAUGAUGUUAGUUGGCAUUAUGAUGUUAGUUGCAUUAUGA